UAAUUGCCGCACGGCGCGCAGUCGGGGGCACAUGCGUGGACGGGGCCUGUGGGUCUGGCGCUGGCUGCUGGGCGAGCCGGGGGGACGGGCAAGAGGCCGGCCGGGCGCGCUCAUCCCUCACCGGCCCUUCGUGGUGGUGUGGAACGCUCCCACCGAGCCGUGCCGCCUGCGCUUCCGGGUGGACCUGGACCUGAGCGUCUUCGACAUCGUGGCCAACGUCAACGAGACCCUGAGCGGCCCCAACGUGACCAUCUUCUACCACAGCCACCUGGGCUACUACCCCUACUACUCCAACGCGGGGCUGGCCGUCAACGGCGGGCUCCCGCAGAACCAGAGCCUCUCCAAACAUCUGAGCAAAGCCCGCGGCGACAUCGACAAGCUGAUCCCUCACAAGGACUUCCGAGGGCUGGGCGUGAUCGACUGGGAGAACUGGAGACCCCAGUGGGUGCGCAACUGGGGCGCCAAGGACAUCUACCGCAACAAGUCCAAGGAGCAGAUCCGGAGGCUCCACCCCGACUGGCCCGAGAGCAAAGUGGAGAAGGAGGCCAAGGAGAGCUUCGAGAGGGCCGGGCGGGCCUUCAUGAACGGGACGCUGGCCUUGGCCGAGGCUCGGCGCCCGCACGGCUUGUGGGGCUUCUACCUGUUCCCCGACUGCUACAACUACGGCUACAAGCAGCGGCCGCCGCGGCGCUACACGGGCGAGUGCCCCAACGUGGAGCACGUGCGCAACGACCACCUGAUGUGGCUGUGGAAGGAGAGCAGCGCCUUGUACCCGUCCAUCUACCUGGACUACGAGCUCAAGUCCUCGCCCGACGCCGUCAAGUUCGUCCACUACCGGGUCAAGGAGGCCAUGAGGAUCGCCUCCAUCGCGCGCCCUGACGUCACCUUGCCCGUCUUUGUCUACUCCAGACCCUUCUACGCCUACACCUUUGCCGUUCUGUCAGAGAGCGACCUGGUGCACACCAUCGGCGAAAGCGCCGCCCUGGGGGCGUCCGGGGUCGUCCUCUGGGGUUCGUCCGAGUACGCCAGAUCGCAGAGGAACUGCGUGACGGUCAAGACGUACAUCGACGGGGCGCUGGGCCACUACGUGGUCAACGUCACGUCGGCCGCCAAGCUGUGCAGCAAAGCGCUGUGCAAGAAGAACGGCCGCUGCGUGCGCAAGAGCCUGACUCGGGCCGCCUACCUGCACCUCGACCCGCGAUCCUUCAGCGUCCGCCGGCGGGCGGCGGCGGGCCCCCGCUUCCACGUGGCUGGCCGCCUCCACCGCCGGGACGUCCUGGACAUGAAGCACAAGUUCAGCUGCCAGUGCUACCAGGGCUGGACGGGGGUCCACUGCGAGGUUCCCCAGGUCUUCUCGCUCCUCUGGCGUCACAUCUCCUGCCUGUGCACGGUGACGCUGCUGGGCGUCUGUCUUCUCGUCAAGUGUCUCUUUGUCUAAACGCGCGCUCCGUCCAGUCACUUCCUGUCGGCUCGCUUUACGCCGCUGCGGAAAGUCCCAAAUUUUCUCGAGUGCCAUUAAACGGGCCAGAUGAGGAGGGGAAACCAAAUGUGACGUCGCAGCUAGCAAAGUAGGUUGGAAUUGAAAAUGCUGAGGCAACUGCUUGUGCAAAGGACUGAAUGCAAACAGUGCAGCAGCACACGUAGACAGACAGACAAUCUAGCUAAACUGGUAGCAUCUCUGAAGACCGACUCAUUCGUGCCGCAAACAGGAUGUCUCAAUAAGCAGCACUGACUAUGAUAGGGCCCCCAUGUGGGCCAAGACAGGCAUAGCAGCACGACGGCCAAUCGAAAUGACGCUUUCAAUUCGACAUCGAUGAUGCCAUGACUGUAUGUUUUAGUGAAUGUGAAUUUGUUCCUCAUUAAAAAAACAUUG